AUACAAUUUUAAUAUAUUAGAAAUUGUAAUUUAUCAUUUCAUUAUUCAAAUUUUGUGACAGCAUAUACAUAACCUAUAAUGAAACGAUUUCAUGAAACCAAAUUAUUUCGGCAGUUUUUACCAUUUAUGAUACUUGUUAUAGGUGGUUCAUUCUUCAUUCAAGAAUUUACAAAAUUAAAAUAUAAAUAUCCAAAAGUUAUAUCACAGGAUUUCAAAAUGGAAAUAAAAAAAAAAGGUAUUGAAAUGAAAAAAUCUUGUACUCUUGAAGAGGAAUAUGAGAAAAUAAAAACUUUGGAUAUUGAUAAUUGGAAAAAUGUUCGUAUACCACGACCAUGGGAGGAACCAAAUAGUCCAAACAAUUAAGAUUUAAAAAAAAAAUUUUCAUUUUAGAAAAAAAAAUAUAUAUAUAAUA